AUGUCGCAAUCGUUUUUAAACCCCGACAUCCGCAUUAAUGGGAGAUUAAAAAGCUUUUCCAUUACAAUAACGUUUAAAAACUCAUUUAGCCCCGGCCUAUACUCCCCUCCGCUCGCCCUCGGUUCGACCAUCCUUCCUCAUCCUUCGUAUCGAUUGCAGCACGGUGCCUGUAGCUGCUCUCCUUUAAAAUACACGAACAUCGACAUGGCCCCACAUCUGAGCCUACCCCACGAGCUACCCUACAGCGGUAAUCCGGUUCUUGCAUUGGCCUAUUGCUACCUAAUCCAAGGCAAAUGUCUCACUGUUCGAAACGAUCUGCCGUUCGAGAUGCAGUACGUUUGCGAAGUGGACUGCAAGCCUGUAUGCCUUCAACCGUGCCAACCCUGUCCACCUUGUACUCCGUGCGAUGUGAAGAUAUGCGCACCUCCUAAUUGUUCCUGUUGUCCUCCGUGUACUCAACCUUGUGACCCGUGUUGCCCUCCGGUUUGCCCGCCUGCCUCCUGUGCCCCUUGCCCUCCGUGUGGGGGAGAAACCGUAACCCUUGUUCAACCAGUGUGCAGACCGAACGUACCGAAAGGGGUGUGUUAA